UAAAAAUAUUUGAGUGAUAUGAAAAGUAUUGCAAUUUUUUAAAAUAAAAUAGUUUAUAAUAUGAAAUUCCAAUCAACAGUAUCAAUAUCCAUAGAUUAUUGAAAAAUGCAGACAUCAACUAAUCGUGAAAAAUCUCUCCCUUCGCGAGGGUUGAAGCAAGUGAAAGUGGAUAAUUGGGGAACAUUUUUUCUUCAAAGACUUCAACAACUUUAUUUCGAAGAAGAGUUACUUGACUUAACAAUUAAGUUUCCUACUAGUGAUAUAACUGUACAGGCACAUCGCUUAGUAAUCACAACAUGUACAGAUUACUUUUUAUUAUUGGAACGUCAGUUAAAAGAAAAAGAUGAGAAUUUUGAUGGAGUUAUUAUUAUGCCACCAGAUAUGCCUUAUGAGUGUGUUAAAUCUAUAAUAAGUUUUAUGUAUACUGGACAAUUGGAAUAUUGGAAUUCAGAACAACAUGCGUUGUAUCGAACAGCACAAAAAAUGAAAAUGACGGUUUUAACUAAGCUGCUUGAUGCACAAUUCAAUACAACUGCAUUACAAGCAAAUAGACCAAUAAAAUCAAAUACUCCAAUUAUUUCAAAAUCAGUAACGUUGUCAACUGAAGGAACAGCAACGACAAAUGCAUCAUCGACACUGCCUGCUCAGCCAUUACCUGGAAGGAAGCUUCCAAUUUGGAAAAGAAAAUUAGAGUUACCUCCCACAAUGCCAAUUACAAAUUAUGAAUUGCGAGGCUCAGCACAAAAGUCUAGAGAAAUCACUGCGGGACCAUCCAGAUUUGAUUUACCUGAAGCAGAAGAAUUUGCUCUUGGAGUUUUUUCUUCGUUUGAUGAUAUCACAUAUAAUACAAAGCCUAUUGUUCAAGCAUCAGGUAAAUAUAAAAGAGAUAGAUCACCUUCGCUUAAAUGUUCUCCUGAUAGAGAUGCCAAGAAUGAUUCAACGGAAGAUGAAGAAGAUGACACUCAGUUACAUGAGAAAGAUUCAAAAGAAAUUAAUUCAGAUGACGAUUGGACAAUAUCAAAUACAUCUGAACGAUCUCAAGAUGGACAACAAACAUCAAAAAAGGUAAGAUUCGAUCUUGAAGAAAAAGAAAAUUUGGAGAAAUCAUCAUCUUGUCACACAAACACAGAUGAAGCUAUUAAUAAUCAUGCAAAGAUUAUUAGAGAAGUGCUCAAAAAAUAUCCUCAUCUGAUAAAACACAACAAAAAUAUACGUUUAAAAAUAAUGCAAAAAGAAGCUAAGUCUGCAGAAGCUAGUACUCCUUGUAAAACAAAAGUUUCUUAUGUUGUAUUGAAAUCAGAUCACUUGAUGUCUAGUAAUGGUGAUGAUAAUGACUCAAAAUGUAAUGGUAACAUAGAUGGUGGCGAAACUGGACCAUGGAAAUGUAACAAAUGCGAUUUAGAUGAAGAGUACACAAAUUAUUAUAUGUAUAGAAGACAUAUGCAAGAUGUACAUGAGGAGAAAUUCGAUCCAAGAGUUUGCGAACAUUGUGGCUAUAGAGCAACAAAAAGAAAUAUUUUGAUGUAUCAUCUUUAUACAAAACACAACGUGCCUCCACCAAAAAGCAUGCGUUUCCCUAAAUGUCAAUCAUGCUCAUACGUGGCUCUUUCUGAAACUCUGCUCGUGAAACACGAAAUAAGUUACAACCAUCGUCCUACAUCCCGAAAUCAUCCUUCAAACUUUGAAAUAACUCAAUGUUUACAAUGUUCUCAAGUUUUUAAAGAUACUAAUGAUCUCACCACACAUGAAAUAAAUACUGGACAUAGUAAUCAUGUAGAAGGCAGAGAAAAAGGAUAUCGAUGUCCUCACUGUAGCAAAACUUUCGUACGUGUUACGAAUUUGCAAGUUCAUAUAGACUGUUCCCAUAAGGAUUUACGAGAUUCUGAAACGCCAGCUCCUGCUCCACCAAUUUCUUUAGAACCGUCUUCGGAGGCAGAAGCUCUUAGUCACGUAGCAAGUGGGAUAGCAACAUCACUUGGAGUUGGAGAUAGUGUAUCCCCGGAAACUCAAGAAGUAGAGAAUCAAUCUGAUUUCAUAGUACCAGAAAUGCAAAUAGCUGAUAUUUCACAAACUACAACUUAUCAUACUCAUGAGUUCGAAGGUCAGCAAAUGAUCAUGUUGAUCAAUAACGAUAAUUAUCAGCAACAGGAUGGGAAUGAUCAUCAUCAACAACCCCAGCAAUUGGAUAUUUCUGGAAAUGAACAAAUCGUAAUGCAAGGUACAGAAGAUGGAAUGAUCGUGUAUAUUCACGAUAACGAUGAGACAGAGAGACAAACGUAUAGUGAUUAUCAAUCUAUAGAAAUUACACAGGAGCCAGAGGAAAUAGUUGAGGAAGUUGUUGAGGAGGUGGAAGAGGCAGUGAUGGAAGAAGAAGUGCAAGAAGAACGAUCUGAGCUUAUAGAUGAAAAUAAUGUUCAUCAAAUGGAAGAUAGUAUUCAAUAUGUUGAAGAACAAACUGAGAUAGUUGAAUAUGAUGAGGAACAAUGUAGCGAAGAUAGAAAUAGAAUAGAAGAAACACAAGAAUCUGUAAUGAUUAUUGAAGAAGAGCAUGUGGAAGGAGAUGAUGAAGUUAUUGAAGAAGUUACUGAAAAAGAAAAUAACGAACAACAAUCACCUGAAACAAGAGAUUUUGCUACUGAGUGGGAUGAGUAUAGUAGAGAUGCAAUUGAAUGAUGAGUAAUAAGAUGCAAUUUAUAUUCUUUAUUAAUUCAUUUAUAUAAAUAACAAAUAUGCUUUGCAAGUCGUUAGAUAUAAAGUUUUCGACUAUGUUAUACUAACAUAAUCAUAAAGUUUUAAGUAGAAGAAUUUAUUAUAAUAUUUUAUCAAAGAUUCUAGAAAUGUAUUGAGUACUCAUUCAAAAUGAAACAAAUAUGCAUAUUCUUAUAAUUUAUUCGAUUUAAAAGCAAAAACAUUUUUAAUAUGUUA